AUGCGUCUUUUGAGCUUGUUCUCAUUCUUUGUCUUCGGUCUCGUAGCAUGGGCGGCUGAACCUCCCAAAGAGCUCAAGAUUGAGACGACAUAUAUGCCUGAGAGCUGCCCUGUCAAGGCAAGGAAGGGAGACAAGAUCAAAGUGCACUACACUGGGACGCUGUUUUCUAAUGGAAACAAGUUUGACUCAAGCUAUGAUCGUGGCCAACCUCUGCCCUUGACGCUUGGCGUUGGCCAGGUUAUCAAGGGCUGGGACGAAGGCCUGGUCGGAAUGUGCGAGGGUGAGAAGAGGACCCUCACGAUCCCUUCGGACAUGGCAUACGGUUCUCGUGGAUUUGGCAGCGUUAUUCCAGCCAAUUCCGCUCUCGUUUUCGAGACCGAGAUGGUUUCAAUAGACUCUGUUGCCAAGGACGAGUUGUGA